GAGGGUGCUUAUUCUUUUAUUUCCAAUUAGGGUUUUUCAGGUGGAAACAUCUGCAAUUUGAUUUUGGUUGCAGAGAACUGCAGAAUCUUUGAAGAAAAAUUAGUUUAGGGAUUAGGGACGGAUGGGGAGCGGAGAUGAUCAGGCGUUUAGGGUGAAUUUUAGCAGCGAAGGAGUGGCAAAGCUUAGGGAGCAAGUGCAGUUGAAGCUCAUGGAGUUCAUGGGAGACUACACUGACGAUACACUAGUGGAAUAUGUCAUGGUUUUGCUCAGAAAUGGUAGGAAUAAGGGAGAAGCCAAGAAUGAAUUGGAUGUAUUCCUCGGCGAUGACAGCAACUCUUUUGUCUCUUGGCUGUGGGAUCAUCUUGGCUCAAAUUUAAAUCUGUAUGUACAACAACAAGAAGCCCCUCCUGACGUAGUGGUCAAAAUAAGACCUUCGAGCGUGGAGCAUGCUGGUAGUAAUGAAAUGCACCACGUGAAGUCUGUAUCUGGCCAAGUGAAGCCUGAUAUGCCUAGAUCCCGCCACAAAAGGGAAUGGAAAGGGCUGCUGAGAGAUACAGAUGAACACCCAGCUGUAGUGGUGAAUACUUCUUACCAUGAGGUGGGAAAUAAGCUUAAACUUGCUUCUGCAGUGCGGUCUGCAUCUCCUGAGCCAGAAGUUCAGAGGAAAAGAAGUCAGCCUGAAGAUGUUCCAACGAAGAAGAGAGAAUCAAUUUCUCAGGCAAACAUUGCUGCUCCACGAAGAUUACUGCAAUUUGCAGUGCGAGAUGCACUAGCUACUUCAAGGCAAUCCAAUCUUGGUUCAGAGCCAUCACUAAAACGCCUUCGUUCCGUGGUUUCAACCCCUAUGGGGGAAUCAUCAAAUGAAGAACAUCAACACAUAAUACGAUCUAUUGCAAGAUUUACAAAUCCCAUGGACACUGCUACUAAGGCUGUUGCUGAAGCAGCCAAAGAUGUGAAAAAAUAUAGAUCCUCAGCUAAUGUGUUCGAUAGGCUUGGUAGUGACCCUGACAUGUCACGCACUAGAGUCCAACAUGAGUUGAUGGAAGAUAUUCCUGAAGAUGAAAAAUAUGUUGAUGUAGCAGAAGUUCCAAUCAUUUGUCAUCAAAGAAGUGAUUUUAAUGAACAAUAUGCUGACCUUAAUGGCAUCAGAGUUGUGGGUCAAGGGGCUAUGGAUAUCUCCCACAACCGCUCAUUUGUUGGAAUUAGCAGUGAAAAUUCGCUGUUGGUUGAACACAUUGUGGGUGACGGCUCUGAUGGAAUAAUGCACAACAAGUCACUGAUGGAUCGAGAUCAGCCUAUUUCCACGCAUUCUGCUUUACGUACUGGGUCUUUGAAUGUGAAUACUUGGAAAUCAGCUAAAUAUCAGGAGGCUAGGAAUGAGAUAAUGGUAGCCAAAUCUAACAUGCCACUGAUGAAAGAGAGUAGCUUUCCUGCAGCUGUUGAUAAUGGAAAUGUCAAGGCCAGUGCAGACACAGAAGCAGCCUCCCAAAAGAUACAACCUGCAAUUCCUGGCUUAUACUCCACUGCUACACACACAGAAGAUUCUGAUUCAAGGACAAUAUUUGUUAAUAAUGUUCACUUUGCUGCUACAAAGGACAGUCUUUCACGGCAUUUCAAUAAGUUUGGGGAGGUGCUUAAAGUAGAUAUUUUAACUGAUGCAGGAACCGGACUAGCUAAAGGGUCUGCUUAUGUAGAGUUCAUGAGAAAGGAAUCGGCGGAGCACGCUUUAUCACUUGAUGGAACCUCAUUCAUGUCGCGUAUCCUCAAGGUUGUGAGAAAGAGCUACGCGCCUCCAGAACCUGCUGGGUCAGCCAUGUCAUCAUGGCCACGGAUUGUGAGAGGGACCCGUUUUACUGCUUCCACUUUUGGCCGGAGCCCUUUCCUUAGCAGGGGUGGAAUGCACAAUGCAUAUCGGGCCCGCCUCACAAUUAAACCGGGUGCAAGGAGCAUGCAAUGGAAACGUGAUGCUCCGGCAGCUCCAAAUCAAACCUCGGGCAAUGCAAUUCCCUCAUUUACUCCUAGAAGUAUGACAUAUGUUCGGACUGAAGUGAAAACAAUUGGAAGUUCUGAUGCUGCUGUGUAGUUAACGACACACCUUAUAAAUGUGGGAAAGGACCGAGACGCUGACUAAACAAUGCUUGGCAAGGUUGAGUAUGUUCUGUACAACGGUCAGUUACAUGGGCAGUCGCAAGAUGGGAGACAAAUAAUAUUGGAAGGGUGAAAGGGAAGACGUAAGAGAUUUUGAGGCUCUUUGAUUGUGAAAAGAACAAGUGGUUGGAAGAAGUCACAGAGGCGCGUUUAUGCCUCUACUGAGUUGUUUUUUAUUAUGUUUUUUGAUGAUCAACUUCCUAUUGUUUUGGGAUAUGUGAAUAGGACAUUCGGAUGGCUUUUUCCGUUGAAUGGAUUUUUGCUUAUUUUUUUGUAAGCUAUUGAAAAACAAAAGCAAGCUAAAAAGGUUAACGUUUUUUAGGUAGCAAGGAGUUGAUCUGUUGAUGCAUGGUUUGUUCGCAAGUGUACCCUUUUAAAAUUUUGUAGGUUUCUAUGUUCAGAGCUUACUAAAAGAG